UACACCAGAAUGGUUGUAUUAAAGUACCACAGGGUUUCUUUUGAAAGCAUAACCACACUUUUACAAGGUAAACUGAAACUGCACUUUCUCUUUUGGAUGACACCAAAGGAUCACACCACUGCUUUUAAGAUUAAGUUAGACUAAUACUUUGUUGUUGUUGAUUUUGCAGUACUUCUUCUGAUGCUGCUCUUCUGCAAUUGUGGCGGUGCUGGGGGCUUGCCAGAUGGCUUUACUGAGAUGCCUUUCGACACCAAAUCACACCUCAUUAACUACCGCACUGAGGGCCAGGGAGAGAACACGGAGGUGCCGCUGCUGAACAUGCCAACACAAAUGGAUGGAAAUAUGGUCAACAUGAACAUGGGCAUGAUUAACAAUACUUCAGCAAUGGCAGGUUUGGAUUUCCAGAGAUCCGUUACUUCCAUGGAUGGGAUGAACGGGGCCGUCUAUCAAGAUGGUUUUGUAAGUGGCCUCAGAGAAGGGUCAAGGGGGAUGGCCCAGCAGAGCGGCAGUGGCUUCUACUCUGAGUUUGAGGGCAGAGAAUCGGGAGCAGGUAGAGAAAUGUAUGACGGCAUGGCUCUGCCAGACCACUUCCUGGCACAGUACUACACUCAGAAGGUGGCCAGUGGAAAUGACAACCUUGGAGGAAAGGACUGUCUUUUGGUUUAUGACUACGAGGGCCAGGGCUCGCCUGCUGGCUCAGUGGGCUGCUGCAGCCUCCUGGAGUCUGACAAUGACCUGCAAUUCCUCGAUGACCUCGGGACAAAGUUCAAGACCCUGGCUGAGGUGUGCGGAGGAAAGAAGAUCCCAACUGAAGUCAAACAAGAAUUCACUCCUUUGCCCAGUGCUUCCGUCAACACUCAGACCUCAGUAUCAAGUUUGAAAGCUGUAGCCCAACAGCUUCCCCCUCCACCCAAGCCGCAGCCCAGCCCCCCGAAGGCCAUGGUGAGUGAGACAGUGAAGAAAAGCACAACCACAGUUAAGGAAGGGAAGACUACAGUGACCGAAGGGAUGACUACAGUGAAGGAAGGGAUGGCAACUCAAGGCCAGAUGGUCUUGCUACAGCAGCCGCAGCAGCCUGUCUACUACACCACCGCCCCUGUGAUGCAGCCAAUGCACUACGUAGUCCAGCCACAGGUUCAGAACACAGUGCUGCUGGCUGAGGCACCAGCCACCAACAUGCAGAACAUGGUACUGGUUAACGGCCCAAUCUGGUCCGGCCCAAGGCAUACAAGCCCAGGCCCCCAAAUGAUGCUGGUGGAGAGGAGCGGGGUCCAGGGGAGCGGUGCCAACAUGAUCCGUGCUGGCAACCUCUCUGGCUCCCAGACCAUGAUGGUCAUGGAGGGCAUGGUCCCUGUUGGGUCAAUGAAACACCUGUCGGGGAGCCAGACCUAUCUCGUGCAGCAGGGGGCAAUCUGCAGCAGUCAGGAGGACAUUCUGGAUCGCAGAGGGUCCUGCUGGUCGGGGGGCCAACGAGCAGCGCAGGUCAGCUGGUCCAGGAGGCAGGAGGUCUAUCCCAGAAAAGGGAAAUCUCUGGCUCUCAGAGAGUCCUCUACAGCAGCCCUUUGGCUGGCCCUCAAAGCAGCGUGACGAGUUCCUCUACCACCAGAGUGAGCGGAACCCCCACCUACCGCAAGGUGGUGGUGCAGGAGAAAACCACUGAAUUGUGAAAGAAAAAUUUAAAUUCAGUUUAAACUUAUGGCAAGGCAAGUUGUCAAGUAUUUUUAUGAGAGACACCAUGCAUAUUCAUGUCAGUUUAUUUGUGGACGGUGUGCUUCAACAGUUUGACUCAGAAUGAAGCAUCAUGUACCCGCAUGAUACCACUGCUUCUACUUGACACCAACAUAUGCACCCGGAAAAACAAGCCUAUCAAUCUUGGAUUCAAGAAUAUUUGAUAUUGUGUGUUAAUAUGUUUAUAUUCACAGUUUUCUUACAAAUUUCAUUUCCAAACACAUAGUUGCCAUAUCUUUAGAAAAAGGUGCUUUUUUUCUGUCCACUGUUUGUUUUGGCAAAAAUAUUUUUGUGAUGUUGAGUUAUUUUGCAAUGCUGGCAAAACUGUUAGUCUGUCCACUAAUACUAUAUUUAAUAAUUCUGUUAAAGCAGAAGCACUUUUAAGCAAUAA